GCCAACCCGGCCAAUCUCACCGCAACAUGCCGGCCGCUAAUCCACUCCUGUCAGCUGUUGGAGGGCAAUAAUUCGAUCCAAAUUUCGUGUUCUUGUCGUUUGUUCUUGGAGAAUAUGAAGAUAUCGGAGGUCCAAGAUAUCGAUGGGUUCUCGAUGGUGAUGCAAUGCCAACCGGAAUCAGGAGUUUCCAACCGCAACAGAAACUUGGAAUAGCGCCCAGCUCGGGGAAGCUAGGACCAGUGGACUGACCACUCAAUUGGAUCGACUUUGGGACCUGCAGCAAUCGCUGGUCCAAUCCGGCAUUGGCAGCCAAAUGGCAGAUCCGCGCGAUAUCCGGUUUCCAAUGAUGGCAGCGUGCUAGGGUGUAAGUGCCUAAAGAAGACACGGACAACUGGGCCAGACCGUCUGCUGCCAACCUCUGCCAACCUCUACCAACGACCAUUGGCGCUUGGCGGUCUAAUUAACGAGCGACAGACCACCCUUGGCCCACGCAAUGCAGCUCUUGGAUCGAGUCUUGGCCUGAGUCUUGGGGUGGCUAUGCACCCCCUUUAUCGAGGUUUCGGGAUUCCGGGGGUGUGCCUGUUUUAAUCUCCCUCUCUCCUGAAAAUCCGCUUCCAUCCCUCUCUUUUUGAUCCGAAAAAAACAUUCCAACAAACCUCUUCCUUCUCAGUCAAUCGCUCAUCGACUGCUUCUUCACCCCCAGGCCAUUCCGCUCGUUUUGGUGGCCUUUUUCAACCACGCUAUACAUUUAAUUUUUUAUCCAAAUAGACGCCCCUGAACCCGACUGUUUUCCAUACAAACCACGAUAGGAUCCUGAUAUCGAAUUCACCACCACAUCACGCCACAAUGAAGACCACGACUGUUUUGUCCGCGCUCGCGGCUGCCGCUGCUGUGAACGCUACCCCAACUGCCACUCUCCCCCUCAAGGCCCGCCAGACGGAGCUUGAGCCCAUCACUGCCACCGGCAACGCCUUCUACAAGGGCAAGGAGAGAUUCUUCGUCCGCGGUAUCGACUACCAGCCAGGUGGUGCUGCCGCCAAUGUCGACCCUCUGGCCGAUCCCAAGGUCUGCAAGCCCGACAUCGAGAAGUUCAAGAAGCUCGGCAUCAACACCAUCCGUGUGUACUCGACCGACAACUCCAAGGACCACGAUGAGUGCAUGGAGGAGCUCGCCAAGGCCGGCAUCUACGUCGUCCUUGAUGCCAACAACCCCCUGUACUCUAUCAACCGUGACGACCCUCACACCUCGUACAACGCCAUCUACCUCCAGAGCGUCUUCGCCACCAUUGAUGCCUUUGCCAAGUACACCAACACCAUGGCUUUCUUCUCUGGCAACGAGGUCAUCCACGACCACGCCAACACCACCCUCACUGCCCGCUACGUCAAGGCCACCGACCGUGACAUGCGCCGCUACAUCAAGGCUCGCAAGUACCGCAAGAUCCUGGUCGGAUACUCUGCCGCCGAUGUAACCGAGAACCGUCUCCAGACUGCUGACUACUUCAACUGCGGUACCGAUGAGGAGCGCAGCGACUUCUUCGCCUUCAACGAUUACUCUUGGUGCACUAGCAACUUCGUCGAGUCCGGCUGGGAUCAGAAGGUCAAGAACUUCACCGGCUAUGGUCUUCCCAUCUUCCUGUCCGAGUACGGCUGCAACCACAACGUCCGUGACUUUGGAGAGCUCGAGUCCCUCAUGCACCCCAACAUGACCAGCGUCUACUCCGGUGGUCUCAUGUACGAGUACUCCCAGGAGCCCAACGAGUAUGGUAUCGUCAAGAUUGAGGGUGGCGACGAGGGCAACGGUUUCGACCAGACUGGCAAGCGCACUGAGUUGCAGCCCGAGUUCAACAACCUGGUCAAGGCCAUGAAGGCUUUCCCCGCCCCCAAGGGUCUUGCCGGCGCCAGCACCGAGAACAAGGCUUCCAAGUGCCCUGAGAACAACGACCACUGGAUCGUCAGCACCGUCCUUCCCGAGAUUCCCGAGGAGGCCCUUCAGUACUUCGAGAACGGUGCUGGCAAGGGCCCCGGCCUUAACGGCAAGGGCUCCCAGUGGGCUGGCCACGUCGCUUCCAAGAGCCCCGAGUUCCCCGAUGGAGAUGCCCAGGGCAGCACUGGCGGCUCUGGCUCCGAUGACAACGAGAACGCUGCUCCCCGCGGCGCUGCCUCGAUCCUCUUUGUCUCCGGCCUCGUUGCUCUCGUCGCCGGUGUCAUUUCCCUGUAA